AUGGAACAACAAAUUGAAAUAACAAUUCCAAUUCAGGCUGAAAUCCCUCGAUUAGGGUUUCAAUCUCCCCCUUCUCAUACGGAUUCCUCUGUGUCAUCUGAUCUUGAUCAGACGGCCCAGGAUGACCACAGCCAUCUUCACCAAGAGCUGCAAAACCAGCUCGAUUUGAAAAAGGAGUUUCAGAAUUCUAAUGAUUCUCAUGAAGAGGAGGAAGAAGAAGACGACGACGAGGAAUUUAAGAGUGAAGAGAGUGAUAAAAAGAGUGAAAAUUUUGAUGAGAAGGAGAGCAGUGAGAAGUUUGGUGAUGUCGGUGAAGAUUUAGAGAAUAAGAGUGAGAUAAGUAAUGACAAUUCUAAUAAUAAUAGAAGGUUUCAUCAGUUUCCAGUGAGACCUGAAUCAGAGGAUUGUGCCUAUUAUAUGAAGACUGGGACUUGCAAAUUUGGAGCUAAUUGCAAGUUUAAUCAUCCCUUUAGAAGGAAAAAUCAGGGAUUUGGGGAUAAAGGAGGGUUUUGGGGUUUGUUGAAAAUGGCUGUGAAGGAGAAGGUGAAGGAAAGGGAAGAAGCAACAGAGAAGCCUGGCCAGACUGAAUGCAAGGUUAUUAUUGUUGUGCAUUGA